CUACAUGCGCUCGCCUCAGUUUGCCUUUGACGAAUGCUUUGACGAUGAGUGUUCCGACGAGUACACAGACAAUGACAGCAGCAGCAGCAGCAGAGGCAUGUCGGCGUCUAUGGUCAGUCUGGCACCACGCAAACCGCAGGCACAAAUAAGCAGCUACACUGCGUGCAGACAUGCAGCACAGGAUAUAUCGCCAGAACAUGUGUACCCAGAAAUGCACGGCUGGUCGCCGACACCGGUCUUCGAGCAUCCGCAGAUAGACAAGUUCGCCAACCGCAGCUUCCCAGGCUCUCCUCGCUUGUCUCUACACUCGUCACUCAAUUCAGAUAGUUCCGCUGGCCGAGUAUGCUCGCUGCCUAAACAGGGCGCGCGUCCUGGCCCAUCGAAUCAGGUGGGAGACCACUGGGAUGACCAAACACCAGUACGCGACAUCGAGAGCGAGUGUGUUCCAGGAGUCAUUCGGUACCGCGACCAACGAUCUCAGCCCACGCCGGGUUUCGACUCGUCUGAUCACUCAGUACCCAUUGCUCUGCGCACAGCUGUCAGUCAGAUCGAGUGCAGCAGCAGGUCGGUCGGCGACCAUGUACGCGAGCUGCCGUGCAAGCACAAGUAUCACUUGAUAUGUAUUGACACAUGGCUUGUAUCGCGCUCUACCAGCUGCCCGUACUGCAAAAUGGAUAUCCGUCGCUGGUACUACGGUCCAGAUGUGCCCGAUGCUAUCCCGAGAUCAGGCCCUCUCAGCAAUGCACAGCACAUGCCUAUCGACUACAAUGGGGGACCAAUAGAGUCGGUCAUAUCGAUCCCAGACGAUGCCACUAUGGCUGGCCGAUCUAGGUGGGGCAGAGUGCGUGCUGCCAUGCGUCGUGCGUUUGAGCCGGAUCCCAUGAUGACUUGAGUACAUAGGUCAACGGGAGGCGGUGAAUUCCACAGCAUUUGGGUUGCACCAGGCAUCUCACUCAGAUCUAGCAGGGUACAUCUGUUUGUCGUCAAGCCUUUUGUUCUUUCGUUGGGAUAGCACAACUGACAAUAAAAAGCAC